CUUUCCUCUGCUUCUAGGAAACACGAACCCUAGCGGAGAUUGCCAAAGUAGAACUGGACAACAUGCCACUCCGUGGAAAGCAGCUGCGUGUGCGCUUUGCCUGCCAUAGUGCAUCCCUUACAGUCCGAAACCUUCCUCAGUAUGUUUCCAAUGAACUGCUGGAGGAAGCCUUUUCGGUGUUUGGCCAGGUGGAAAGGGCUGUAGUCAUUGUGGAUGAUCGAGGAAGGCCCUCAGGAAAAGGCAUUGUUGAAUUCUCAGGGAAGCCAGCUGCUCGGAAAGCUCUGGACAGGUGCAGUGAAGGCUCCUUCCUGCUAACCACAUUUCCUCGGCCUGUGACUGUGGAGCCCAUGGACCAGUUGGAUGAUGAAGAGGGACUUCCAGAGAAGCUGGUUAUAAAGAACCAGCAAUUUCACAAGGAGCGAGAGCAGCCACCCAGAUUUGCACAGCCUGGCUCCUUUGAGUAUGAGUAUGCCAUGCGCUGGAAGGCACUCAUUGAGAUGGAGAAGCAGCAGCAGGACCAAGUGGACCGCAACAUCAAGGAAGCUCGUGAGAAGCUGGAGAUGGAGAUGGAGGCUGCUCGCCAUGAGCACCAGGUUAUGCUAAUGAGACAGGAUUUGAUGAGGCGUCAAGAAGAACUUCGGAGGAUGGAAGAGCUGCACAACCAAGAAGUGCAAAAACGAAAGCAGCUGGAACUCAGGCAGGAGGAGGAACGCAGGCGCCGUGAGGAAGAGAUGCGGCGGCAACAGGAAGAAAUGAUGCGGCGACAGCAGGAAGGAUUCAAGGGAACAUUCCCCGAUGCGAGAGAACAGGAGAUACGGAUGGGCCAGAUGGCUAUGGGAGGUGCUAUGGGCAUCAACAACAGAGGCGCCAUGCCCCCUGCUCCAGUGCCAGCAGGUACCCCAGCUCCUCCAGGACCUGCCACUAUGAUGCCAGAUGGAACCUUGGGAUUGACCCCACCAACAACUGAACGCUUUGGCCAAGCUGCUACAAUGGAAGGAAUUGGGGCAAUUGGUGGAACCCCUCCUGCAUUCAACCGUGCAGCUCCUGGAGCUGAAUUUGCUCCAAACAAACGUCGCCGAUACUAAUAAAAAUUUCAAUGUCUAGUUUCCCAAAAACCCUUAAAAGAAGGACCCUUUUUGGACUAGCCAGAAUUCUGCCCUGGAAAAGUGUUAGGGAUUCCUCCCAAUAGUUAGGUCUUCCUUGCCUGUACUACUCUGAGGGAGUUUGCUGGAGGCUGAGGGCAAGGGAGGGGCGAUAUUUAACAAAUCAGUUCUGUGUGGUAUAUCGUUUAACUAAUUGAUUUUGUGUGGUGCAUUCCUGAAGUCUCAUGUGAUUGUUGAGGGCCUGUGGGGGGGGACCAUGGCAAAAUGGAUCCAGUUAGAGCCCCCAUUAAUCUUGAUCAUUCCAUUCUUUGUCCAUCUUGUUCUAUUUGGUUCCUCAUUAUACCCUCCAACCCCAGAGACACUGCCAUAUACACCACAAAAACAAGCAUCCCCCAAUGACCUUAGCCCCAUUGUUCCAUUCACUCGCAGGUGGGAAUUCAGGCCAAUGUCCACAGAGGUCACAGACAACAUACAUACGGUUCUGUUAUAUCCCAUAUAUUAGCCCUUCAUGUCCUAAGGAAGACAUUUUCUCUUAGAGAUUUUCAUUUUAGUGUAUCUUUAAAAAAAAAUCUUGUGUUAAGUUGCCUCCAUCUUUUUUCUUGGGUUAGGACAACCCAGGAACGGCCCUUUUGUGUCUAUGAUGUUGCUGUUCACAGCUUUUCUUGAUAGGCCUAGUACAAUCUUGGGAACAGGGUUGCUGUAUGCUGAAGGUCGGACAGUAGCUCUUAGCCUUGCCUAUCUUAGGUAGUUACGCUGUGCAUUUUUUUUUAUUGGUGUACCAUGUUUGAUUUGUCCCUGAUAUCUUUGGAGUUUUUCUGAGAAAUGGAGCAGUAAUACAGCAUCAACUUAUUAAAAUACAUUUUAAGCCUUUUAA